AGUAACUCAUAAAGCUGAGGCCUCAUCCUUCCAAUGGCGGCUACUAGCUGGCUGAAUAGAAAGCGGGAGCAACUGUGGAGGGGGUCCGAGCAGUGGAACCGAAAUUAAAUAAAUAUAUCACACUAUUUUCUAGACCUAAAGUUACUACCAAAAUUGUAUAUCCCGAGAGCUAUGGCCGAUUCAGUGGCCAAAAAUGGGAAUAUUUCGCUCCUUGAAUCGGAGCUUUAUUAUCUUAUCUCACGGUUUCUGACAACGGGUCCUUGUCGGAGAGCGGCUGAGGUUCUUGUGAGUGAACUAGAGGAAUAUCAGCUCCUUCCCCGUAGGCUGGACUGGGAAGGAAAUGAUCAUCCAAGAUCUUACGAAGACGUGGUUGCAACAAAUAGGCACAUAGCCCCGGACCACUUGUUGCAAAUAUGCAAGCGCAUUGGGCCCAUUCUUGAUAAAGAAGUGCCAUCCAGUGUGGCGGGAGUCAGCUCGCUGCUGGGGACUGGGGACAUUCGUUACUCCGCACAUCAAAAG